UGGUUGGGGAGGCUGGUGGAGGUAUUUUUCAUUUGUUUAAUGUAUUUAAAAUUUUUCUGUUUGGAAUUUUACGUUCAUAAUUCAAAGAGGAGUUAUGAGACUAGUACGAGAAAGAACCUCCAUAUAUCUUUUACUCAAUUCACCAGUUGUUAGUAUUUUGCCUUAUUUGCUUUAUGUUUAUUAUUUUAUUACCUUUUAAACUUUAUUAUAGAUUUACUUUAUUAUAGAUUGAGCAUUUCUAAUCUGAAAAUUCGAAAUCUAAAAUGCUCCAAAAUCCAAAAUGCUUUGAGCACCAACAUGAUGCCACAAGUAGAAUAUUCCACUCCUGUCCUCUUGUGACAGAUCACAAUCAAAACCCAGUCAAAACCUUGUUUCAUGCACAAAAUUAUUAGACAUAUAUAGCUUAUCAGAUAACCUCUAUCUCUGUUUUUUGUUGUAUUGCUCUCUGUGUUUACCAUCUUUGCAUUAUGACUCUCUCUGUGGUACAGAUUGAAUCUAUCCCUUACAUGAAAUGCUUGGGAUUAGAAGUGUUUCGGAUUUCAUGUUUUGGUGGGGAGAGGGGAUUUUAGAAUAUUUGCAUUAUUCUGUAUCCUUAAUCCAAAAAUCUAAAACGUUCCAGUAUUUCCUUUGAGCAUCAUGUUGGUGCUCAGAAAGCUUCAUAUUUUGGAACAUUUUUGAUUUGGGAUUUUGGGAUUAGGAUUACUCAAUCUGUGUUUUCCUUUCCUGAACAAUUUGGGAAUGAAAUACAGACAUCACACCCCUUUCCCCUGAAUACUUUAGUGUGUAUUCCCAAGAACAAGAAAAUUGUCUUACAUAACUAUGGUAUGAUUAUCAAAAUCAGAAAAGGUAACAUUAAUACAACAUGAUAUAGUCCAAUAUAGUUCAUAUUCAGAUUUUGCCAGUUUUUUCAACAAUGGCCUUCAUCGUAAUUUUCCUCAUGAUCAUGAGCCUCAUUUAAUUGUUGUGUCUCUUUAAUAUCCCUCGUCUGUCUUUGUUUUCAUGACGUGUUUCCUCACCUUUCUUAAAGGUUUUUUAUGACAUGAACCUUUUUGAAGAGUUAGAAGCCAGUUUUGCCAAAUGUUCUUCAGUUUGAAUUUGUCUGACGUUUCCCCACAAUUAGAUCUCGGCUAUGUAAUUUUGGCCAGCCAUACUAUAUGAGUGAUACUGUGCCCUUUCCAGUGCUUCAGAUAGAAUUUUUUGAGGUACAAAAUAGGAGAGUUGGGUGGUUCCAGUAAAGAUGAUUUAGGUGGCGUCCUUGUCCCUGAAGUACUUACAAUCUAAUAAGAGACGUGCGGUUCCCCAGAGAGGUGCAGUGAGAGGAGUCCGGGAGCUCCUGCAUUUCUGAGCUGCUGCCAGGAAGGAAGUGUCUUCAGAAUGGAGCUGGCUGGCAUGGUGGUAGUGUGGGUGACUUUUCCACGAGAGAGAGCGUGAAGGAGAGAUCUGGGGUGUGACCCCUGGGGUAUGCUGCCCCUGAGAGGUGACAAGAGAAAGGGCUGUCUGUCUUGGUGGCAUGGCAUGUGAGAUGCCAGCGCCAGGAAAGACAAUGAAGAGGGUGUCCACAAAGGCUGGCACCACCAUUGGAAUCCAUUAUUACAGGAGAAGGCCAUUGGAUUUUGGUAACUCAGGGCGUCUAAUGAGACCAAAAUCAGAAUCCACAUUUCUUAACUUGCUGUUACAAUAACUGUUUUUAUACUGUGCUCUAUGUAAUAGUUUCAUGGAUUUUCAGAGACUGAUGAAUUUAUUACAUAUUAUUUUGUGUUGAGUUCUUCAAGUAAACAUUUCCAUAUGAAAGGGUUAGGUAGUUUUUUUUUAACAUACACUUUUGGGAGGAUAUUCUUUGCUGCCCAUAUUCAUAUUAUUUGGCCACUAGGUUCUAAUUCCAUUACUUUUGCAUUUAGAAAGUAUUUUUCUCUAGACUGUAGAAACAGCAGUUUUGGGAAUAUGUUGUCUCAUAUACCAGUAAGAGAAAAUGUUCUUCCAGCCUGUAGAUACUUGUUUCACGUGUUAGGUCAAAGGAAAACAUAUUUAAGUGUACUUGGCAUUUCUUGUAUUUUGUAAAUUAUGUUAUCGGCAGGAUAAGAGUUUACUGAAUCAUAGUUUCAGAAUUUAGUUUAUUUUGUAGCAUAAACGGGAGUGCUGUAGAAAUGGAAUUGAUUCUGCAUUUACUGUAGGAAUCUUGAGGACACUGUGUGUUCUUUUCAACAGGCUUUAAUUUCCUGACAUUCCAUUACAUUUCUGGGAAACAGAAUUCACACUGCCCUUUCCUGCCCUAUCUUGUCCUUUAUAAUUUUGGCGAGGUUCAUGGUCUUCUGUUUCUUUUUCUUUUUGUAACUGAUUAAUAAUCUGUAGAAUCACCUCUUAGUUUGCAAGUGGAAACUAAGCCUGCACAUCCAAAGCUAGGAUUUCUUAUGUGAAUCUGCCUUAGUAUUUUGAAUCAGGACCUCAAAUGAGCUUUUUGGAUGCUCAUGUGUUUGUGGCACGAUGUUGAAUCUUGAAACCUUCCUGCCUUUCUAAUUGUUAGAAUUGCAUUCUUCAAGCUAGACUUGAUUGGGCUAGUAUUACUUUAGGAAAUGUUUUAAUUUAUUAUUUGGGGAAUGUUUUAUUUAUUAUUUUUAGUAUCUUAUCUAAGGAAGAUUAAGCUCUUUGCAGAAAAUACAGCUUUCUUUAGCUACCCUGCCCACAAUACCAUCUACACUCUGUCUGUACCUGUGUGACAAGGCCAAGCACUCCAUAACUUUACCCUAAUUGGUCUUUUUCAAAAUGUUUAGAGUUUCAAAGAGAAAUUUGUGAAGUUGCUUCUCUUAAGUAGCUAUUACUGUGUUUUUAAAUGUGUUGCAGUAUUUCUGUUAGUUGAUCUUGUGUGUAGUCAUUCAUAUCUGUGUCUUUUGAUUCUAUUUCUUGAUGAUCAUGCUUUUUAAAAUCAGCAUUUACCUUUAAAAAAAAAAAAAAGGCAAAACUUGCUAUUGUCUUGACAGAGCAGAAAGCAUUUCUUGCUGAGUUCCUGACAGAGCAGGGCAUUUAACUGAAGCCUCUGCAUGGCUGGGCUUGCUCAGUUCCCUGCUGUUGGCUGUCUUGGAUCCCCUUUCUAAGGCCCCACUUCCCUGCACACUAGCUUGGUGUGCAGGGAGAAGCUGCAGAGUCUGUUGGCUGGGCUUUAUUUACGGAAACAGCAGGGUUGAGAUUGAUUGCGUCGUGGAGAGACAGUGUGUGGAUGAGGGAGGGUCACAGCACAUGCUCAGUCCUGUCAGUGUGAGGGGAAGUUUCUGCGUUCUGCGUGAAGGCUUAGGUCAUAGCACAAGCUCAGUGAAAGCUCUAUGAGGUCUCUGAGACUGCAUGUGCCUCCAUUUUGAGUUGUUAGAGUAGAAAAGGGCAGAGUUUUAGCAGAAAGUAGAGGUUCAGGAAUCCAGCUAGACUCACCAGAGCCCGUGUUAGUCAUGGAUGAUCCAUUCAGCCCCUGCAGGAGGCUGAACAGUACCCAGGGUGAGAUUCGUGUUGGUCCUAGUCAUCAGGCCAAACUUCCAGAUCUGCAACCAUUUCCUUCUCCAGAUGGCGAUACAGUGACCCAACAUGAGGAACUGGUCUGGAUGCCUGGAGUUAACGACUGUGACCUCCUUAUGUACUUGAGGGCAGCAAGGAGCAUGGCGGCAUUUGCAGGGAUGUGUGAUGGAGGCUCUACAGAAGACGGCUGUGUCGCAGCCUCUCGGGAUGACACCACUCUGAAUGCGCUGAACACACUGCAUGAAAGCGGUUAUGAUGCUGGCAAAGCCCUGCAGCGCCUGGUGAAGAAGCCUGUGCCCAAGCUCAUCGAGAAGUGCUGGACUGAGGACGAAGUGAAACGCUUCGUUAAGGGACUCAGGCAGUACGGGAAGAACUUCUUCAGAAUUAGAAAGGAGCUGCUUCCCAAUAAGGAAACAGGGGAGCUGAUCACCUUCUAUUACUAUUGGAAGAAGACCCCCGAAGCAGCCAGCUCCCGAGCCCAUCGUAGGCACCGCAGGCAGGCCGUGUUCAGGAGGAUUAAGACUCGCACUGCGUCCACACCUGUCAACACACCCUCCAGACCCCCGUCCAGUGAAUUCUUGGACCUGAGUUCAGCCAGUGAAGAUGACUUCGACAGUGAGGACAGCGAGCAGGAGCUGAAGGGGUACGCCUGCCGCCACUGCUUCACCACCACCUCUAAAGAUUGGCACCACGGAGGCCGGGAGAACAUCCUGCUUUGCACCGACUGUCGCAUCCACUUCAAGAAAUACGGCGAGCUCCCACCCAUUGAGAAGCCUGUGGACCCACCACCGUUUAUGUUCAAACCCGUCAAGGAAGAGGAUGAUGGGCUCAGUGGGAAGCAUAGCAUGAGGACACGGCGGAGUCGGGGCUCGAUGUCGACACUACGCAGUGGUCGGAAGAAGCAGCCAGCCAGCCCUGAUGGUCGCACCUCACCCAUCAAUGAAGACAUCCGCUCCAGCGGCCGGAACUCCCCUAGCGCUGCCAGCACCUCCAGCAAUGACAGUAAAGCAGAGACAGUGAAGAAGUCGGCCAAGAAGGUGAAGGAGGAAGCCUCUUCCCCUCUUAAGAGUACCAAACGCCAGCGGGAGAAGGUGGCCUCUGAUACGGAGGAGGUUGACAGGACCAGCUCCAAGAAGACAAAAACGCAGGAGAUCAGCCGGCCCAACUCACCAUCUGAAGGCGAGGGAGAGAGUUCAGACAGUCGCAGCGUCAACGAUGAGGGUAGCAGUGACCCCAAAGACAUCGACCAGGACAAUCGCAGCACGUCCCCGAGCAUCCCCAGCCCCCAGGACAAUGAGAGUGACUCGGACUCGUCAGCCCAGCAGCAGAUGCUGCAGGCCCAGCCCCCAGCCUUGCAGGCUCCCACUGGGGUCACCCCAGCUCCCUCCUCAGCUCCUCCAGGGACCCCUCAGCUGCCUGCGCCAGGGCCCAUGCCCUCUGCCACUGCAGUUCCCCCGCAGGGCUCCCCCACGGCCUCCCAGGCCCCUAACCAGCCGCAGGCUCCCACAGCGCCUGUUCCGCAUACCCACAUCCAACAGGCACCGGCCCUGCACCCCCAGCGGCCACCCUCCCCGCAUCCCCCGCCACAUCCCUCACCGCACCCCCCUCUGCAGCCUCUGACUGGGUCGGCAGGCCAGCCCUCUGCACCCUCUCAUGCCCAGCCCACCCUGCACGGUCAGGGCCCACCUGGCCCUCACAGCCUACAGACUGGGCCCCUGCUGCAGCACCCAGGCCCCCCACAGCCCUUUGGCCUCCCUCCCCAGGCCUCCCAAGGCCAGGCCCCUCUGGGGACCUCCCCAGCCGCAGCGCACCCUCACACCUCCCUGCAGCUGCCAGCCUCUCAGUCGGCGCUGCAGUCCCAACAGCCUCCACGGGAGCAGCCCCUGCCGCCAGCGCCCUUGGCCAUGCCCCACAUCAAGCCCCCGCCCACCACUCCCAUCCCCCAGCUGCCAGCGCCACAGGCCCACAAGCACCCUCCCCACCUCUCAGGGCCCUCGCCCUUCUCCAUGAAUGCCAACCUGCCGCCCCCUCCAGCCCUGAAGCCCCUGAGCUCCCUGUCCACACACCAUCCCCCGUCGGCUCACCCCCCACCCCUGCAGCUCAUGCCUCAGAGCCAGCCGUUGCCCUCCUCACCUGCCCAGCCCCCUGGGCUGACCCAGAGCCAGAACCUGCCCCCGCCUCCUGCCUCCCACCCCCCUACAGGCCUCCACCAGGUGGCCCCCCAACCCCCAUUUGCUCAGCACCCCUUUGUCCCUGGAGGCCCUCCUCCCAUCACCCCUCCGACCUGCCCCUCCACCUCUACCCCACCGGCGGGACCUGGCACCUCGGCCCAGCCACCCUGUUCUGCUGCGGUGGCUUCAGGAGGCAGCAUAGCAGGGGGGUCAUCCUGCCCACUCCCCACGGUCCAGAUCAAGGAGGAGGCUCUGGAUGACGCUGAGGAGCCUGAGAGCCCCCCUCCCCCACCAAGGAGCCCAUCCCCUGAGCCCACUGUGGUGGACACCCCCAGCCACGCCAGCCAGUCAGCUAGGUUCUACAAACACCUGGACCGGGGCUACAACUCGUGUGCACGGACAGACCUGUACUUCAUGCCUCUGGCCGGGUCCAAGCUGGCCAAGAAGAGGGAGGAGGCCAUUGAGAAGGCCAAGCGCGAGGCUGAGCAGAAAGCCCGAGAGGAGCGAGAGCGGGAGAAGGAAAAGGAGAAGGAGCGGGAGCGGGAACGAGAGCGGGAGCGCGAGGCAGAGCGGGCAGCUAAGGCAUCCAGCUCAGCGCAUGAAGGUCGUCUCAGUGACCCCCAGCUCAGUGGUCCUGGCCACAUGCGGCCAUCCUUCGAGCCACCACCAACCACCAUUGCUGCCGUGCCCCCCUACAUCGGGCCUGACACACCUGCCCUUCGGACUCUGAGCGAGUACGCCCGGCCCCACGUCAUGUCGCCCACCAACCGCAACCACCCCUUCUACAUGCCCCUUAACCCCACGGACCCCCUGCUGGCCUACCACAUGCCUGGCCUCUACAACGUCGACCCCACCAUCCGCGAGCGGGAGCUCCGGGAGCGGGAGCUCCGGGAACGGGAGAUCCGGGAGCGCGAGCUGCGGGAGAGGAUGAAACCGGGCUUCGAGGUGAAGCCCCCAGAGCUGGACCCCCUGCACCCAGCCGCCAACCCCAUGGAGCACUUUGCCCGGCACAGCGCCCUCACCAUACCCCCGACGGCCGGGCCCCACCCUUUUGCUUCUUUCCACCCGGGCCUGAACCCCUUGGAGAGGGAGAGACUGGCCCUGGCGGGCCCCCAGCUGCGGCCCGAGAUGAGCUACCCUGACAGACUGGCAGCAGAGCGUAUCCACGCAGAGCGCAUGGCGUCACUGACCAGCGACCCCCUGGCCCGACUGCAGAUGUUCAACGUGACUCCACACCAUCACCAGCACUCACACAUUCACUCCCACCUCCACCUCCACCAGCAGGACCCCCUCCACCAAGGUUCAGCAGGCCCCGUUCACCCACUGGUCGACCCCCUGACUGCUGGCCCCCACCUGGCUCGCUUCCCCUACCCGCCUGGCACUCUCCCCAACCCUCUGCUUGGACAGCCGCCUCACGAGCACGAGAUGCUUCGCCAUCCAGUUUUCGGCACCCCCUAUCCCCGAGACCUGCCUGGGGCCAUCCCACCCCCCAUGUCAGCAGCCCACCAGCUGCAGGCCAUGCACGCCCAGUCGGCUGAGCUGCAGAGACUGGCCAUGGAGCAGCAGUGGCUGCAUGGACACCCCCACAUGCAUGGUGGCCACCUACCAAGUCAGGAAGAUUAUUACAGUCGACUGAAGAAAGAAGGUGACAAGCAGUUAUAAGUUAUUUAUUUGUUAAUGCUGGCUGUGGAAACCCCAGUUCUUGGGGGGAGAAACAGGACUUUUUACAUACAAUAGGAGCUGCAAAAGCAAAAAGAAUAUCUUCUAAAGAUUUCUUUAUAUAUUUAAAAACCCACAACUAAAAAUGUAUCCACAUAAUAGUGUUCGUUUGUCGAGAGGAUUUCCCGAGACUGGUUUGGAUCUCCCUGCAUGACAGUCCCCCAGAAACUUAGUGAGUCCUGGACUGGACUGAACAUCCAGAAAGCUUCCCUGCAAUCUUGGGGUUUGGCUUUAGUUUUCUUUUCCUUGAUUUCUCAGUAGGUGCUAGAAUCCAGUUCACACCCUUCACUGUGCGUGCAGACACACUGACACACUCCGCCACGAGUGCUCCAGAGCCCGCGAGGCUUGCAGAUCGGUGGCAUAGGAAUUUGGAAUCCAAGAGCUAUAAUUUUUAGAAAAAUCUUUUAUUUUAAUACAUUGUAGGAAAUCUUCAUAAUUUGAGAAAGUUCUGCAGCAUGGCUUUUUACGUCUGUAAAUAAAUAAUUUUAGAACAGCCUUUUUUUUCUUCCAUAAACUACUAUUGUGAUCUAUUUUUUCCAGCCAUGUCACUAAUUGUGAAUUCCUACCAACUAUUGACAGAAUACAGAGUUGAUUUUUUAAUAAAAAGUUAUAUAUAAUUAUCCCUUUAAUUAAAGGGAGCAAAGGGGCGUUCCACAUGGACAGAGAGGCUUGGGCCGAGGCCUGGUCACAGCAGCGAGCAUCCAGGGUUUGCAGGGACGAUGUUACAGACUGUCUGUUUUGCUGCCUUGCGUUUCACUUGUGUCUGCUCCUAGCCUGUGCUCUGCCAGCAGCGCAGACUUCUGCUCCAUCAGACCUCUUCCAUUUUGCACAGGGAGUGCAGGAGGUGAAUGUUCACUUUCUGUUCUCCGGUGUCACUGUUCUGUUUCCAUGGGAUGGAAAGCGCAUGGGCCUGUGUCCAUUGUAGAUUUCCUUCUAGAUUUCUAUGUACACACACUUGAUUGUUCUGGAUGAAUGUCUUUUGUAAUACUCCGAAAAUUUCAUCAUCUAAGAAAUUCAAGAAAAUGAUUCCAUACAAAUAACUCAGCACAUGAGCAACCCAGGACAUAUGCCUGCCAAAAGGAUCUGUUAGAAGGCUGCCCUCUCGUGCUCAUUGUCACCUGGAUCUUGUGGUGAGGACGGCCCCGUCAUUCUUGCCACAGACUGAGGCCACUUUUGAGCAAGGGAGAUCCUGGAGUUAAGACAGGUGUUGGGGGUAGUCUGUAUUUCACCCUAGGAGCAGGUCUGCAUGGUGACCUCACCCCGCACUGGGAAACCAUUUGAGUGCCACUGUUCGUCCUGGAAGUGGGAACUGGAGUCCCACCCACAAAUGUGCAGUCAGAAAGCCGGCUUUGUGGGGGCCGCUUCUUAGGAGGCCAGGCCCUUCUGAGCGGAACAGUCCUGGAGAGAGCCUGCCCUCCUUUCCAGGGUGCAGCCGUAAUGCACUUUCUCCCAGGCUGAGUGCAGGCUCUUCCAGGUUGUCUCCCCUCUGUCAGCCCUGCUUCCUGCCAGGACAUGUCCUCUUCCGAUCCUUUUCUCUCAGACACUUGACAGCUCUUCUGCCAUUGUGCUGGUCCCAUCCCAAGAAUUGUAGGACAAAGAGAGACCACACUGGGUCAGAGGACACAAAGUCCACCUAGGACCCAGGCCGCAGAGGGAGCAGGAAGAGAGGCUGAUAGUUCGAUCCAGAAACCAGCAGGUACUCGCUCAAAUUCAGGUUCUGGAGUCAAAUAGGGGCAUUUCCAGUUUCUCUUAAAAACCAUGUUUGGUUUCAGUUGGGAUAGGAUUGUUUUGUCUGUUGAAAAUGUUUCUAGGUUUUUUUUUCUUCCAUUUUUCUCUCAUUCCAUUUCUGCCUUAGCUUUAGUUUCUUAGCGGGGAGGAAAGCUCACAUUCACCUUCUGCCGUGGGACUUCAGACCACAUUGGCUUGGAGGCAUUCGUCUCCUUCUGGGGUGGGGACAGGCUCUCACGGCUGGCUUGUUCCCAUGGCUCUGAGUGAGGCCUCUUCCUGCUGGGCUGCCGGACUCCUGCGCCCGGGCCCCCUACCUUCUCGGCUUUUGGUUUUUCUUUCUUUUUGGUAGAACACAACAUCUGCCAUUCAGUUAAACCUUCUUUAUCUCCUCCUCUGUCAUCCGUUUUUCCAAAGAAUUAAGAGUCGAGUCCUCUGAGGUCUGUACUUGAAAACUGUCCGAAGGUAUUCUCGUUAGGUUUGCUUUUCUCCCCGUAUCCCAAGGCGAAGCACUGAGAUUCUUCCAUCUAAAAAACCCUCGACCCGAAACCCUCACCUGGUCAGCUACAGUUUGUUUAGGAGGCCCUGACCUUCACGGUGUCUUUGAAGCCCAACCACUUGGUUUCCUUCAGAUUUUCCUCCCUUUGUUCAGGGUUUGGUUUGGCUCCUCUGUGUGUGUCCGUAUCUUGUUCAGUGUCCUCGAGGUUGAGCUUCACUCCACUGCGGCAGAGGCAGAGUGCACACUCGGAUUUGCUACAUUUCUAUAUAUCUUGAAGCUAAAUGUAUAUAUGAGUAGUUCGCCGUGAGAUAACACAGUGUGAACAGUAGACACCCAGAAAUCGUGACUUCUGUGUUCUCUCCAUUUGAGUAUUUUGUAAUUUUUUUGAAAUAUUUGUGGACAUAAAUAAAACCAAGCUACACUACAA